UGAUGUCCUUCGCCAAGUUCUAAACAGUAUUAUUUUCGAUACCGAAGACGGCGAGACUAAAAGCACGCCACAAGAGCAAUUAGAACGACUCCAGAAUGCCGUGGAAAGUGCUGUUUCUACUUAUGGCAACACUGAAAUUUGAUGGGUUCCGGUUGCUUUGUAGUUGGGGUGUAAGAAUCGUAAGAAAUUUAGAUUUGUCAAGAGAACUUUGAAGUCCUCAUCCUCUGCUUCUUCUGACCGUUCUAACAGCUAGAAACUCUCGCUAGCACAAACAAGCACGACAAGAAACCUCCAGAUAGUCCCCUCGCUGUCCUGGCCGCGAAAAACAAAACUAACAACAUGAAUCUGAAAAAUGGAAGUUCUGGCUCUCAAGCGACUGGUAUGAACAGCAAGAAGAUAGACAGCAACUCAUCUUGGUACGAUGCCGAAAUGGCUG